GGCCUAGAGUCGCAGCCCCGCGGCCGCAGGGGCUGCCGGGAGCCUGCGGGGCCGCGUCGGUGCCAUGCUGCUCUUCUGCCCAGGCUGCGGGAAUGGGCUGAUCGUGGAGGAGGGACAGCGCUGCCACCGUUUCGCCUGCAACACCUGCCCCUACGUGCACAACAUCACCCGCAAGGUAACAAACCGGAAGUACCCCAAGCUGAAGGAAGUGGAUGAUGUGCUUGGUGGAGCGGCUGCCUGGGAGAAUGUUGACUCCACCGCGGAGCCGUGUCCUAAGUGCGAACACCCUCGUGCCUAUUUCAUGCAGCUUCAGACCCGCUCUGCAGACGAGCCAAUGACCACCUUCUACAAAUGCUGCAGUGCUCAGUGUGGGCACCGCUGGAGGGACUAGGGCCAACAGCCCCGCCGCGUCAGUGUCUGCUUACCUUGUUCCCCAGGCUGGAUUCCCAGCCCGGAGUGUAAACUGUUCGUCCGGAAGCAUCUUUGCUGGUGUGGCAAAAAGCUAACCCUUUCAGGGGAGCUGGCCAGGGUGCCAGCAAAUGAAGGCCAUCUGGCAGUCAGUGGAUGAGCUCAUUUAUGUCCAGCGAGACGGUGUGUGUGGAGUGAGCGUCCUCUGUUUAAUGGCCUGCUUGUCGAUCUUGCAUGUGUAUUGGCUAAUUGACAUUCUCUCACCAUCACGCUUCUUAAAUAAAGUAAUAAAGUAAAAUUUUAUAAUGUAGUGCAUCGGAUGUCCCUAAGUAUUUAACUGUAAAUUGUAAACUUAUUUUAUCACCAUAUUCUGAAUAUUUAAUUAAAAUGGAAAGUCUAAUACUGCUUUU